UCAUAAUUCAUUUUGUAUUUUCAGUGAUAAAAUUUGACGGAUAUUGAGAAAAUAAUCAGUUUUCUAUUGGUGGAUUAGGACUGUCAGAGGGUUUUAUUGAGUGUGGUUUUAUAUAUAUGUGCGUGAGGAUAUGUAUUUAACAGAUGCUGAAGAUGUGAAUAAUGGAUGACAAUUGCUAGAAAUAUUGACAGCUCUCUCUUUCUGUCUUGAUCUAUUGGGAUGAUAGAAAUUAAUCAGCAUAAACAUUUCUUGUGUGAGUCGUGCCCAUGAGUGGGUCUGGGAAAAUGAAAGUUAAAAGGAGGAAUUCCAAUUCGGAAGGUAUGUUGGUGGACAUAUCAGACCGGGGUCUAAGUCGGCUCGAGGUCCCCGGGGGAGAGAGCCCAACAGCCCUUAUUGCUGACAGGAACAGCAUUACACGCAUAGAUGGCCUCGACCACUGUGUGGGGCUUAAACAGUUGUCUUUGAAGAGUAACCGGCUUGUUCACAUGUCUGGUGUGGGAAAACUUCGUCAGUUGACUGUCCUCAACCUCCCCCAGAACAGCAUUGUUGCCAUAGAAGGCCUGAAGGAAUUGUCCCAGCUUCAAUUCCUCAAUUUGUCUGGAAACAGCAUAAAGGUGAUGGAGGGUCUGGGGAGCAACCUAGGGCUGCGAUACCUCGACCUCUCUGACAACAGCAUCUCCUCACUCGGCGACAUUCACCAUCUCGUCAACCUGAAGACCCUGUUGCUGCACGGGAACAUUGUGACAAGUCUGCGAACCGCACCUCACUUCCUGCCCAAGUCUGUCACCAUUCUCUCGCUUGCGGAGAACGAGAUAGGGGACAUCAACGAGGUAUCUUUUCUGUCUUGUCUGCCCGGGCUCCAGCAGCUGUCUGUGAUGAACAACCCAUGUGUCCUCAUGACUGCCUCUGUACCAGAGUUUGACCAUCGUCCAUUCAUUGUGAACUGGUGUCCCAUGCUGCAGAUACUGGACGGCUAUACGGUCAACGAUAAAGAACAGUUGAAGGCAGAGUGGUUGUACAGCCAGGGUAAAGGUCACCACUUCAAGGUCGGCCAGCACCUAGAGACCCUUCAUUACCUGGCCAGUGUCUGCCCCCUCACCGCCUCUGUACAGAAUCGGCCUCCAGUGAAAAGGGGCAAAGUUAAGUCCCUUGUAUCUAGGCUGGAAUCUGCGGAGGAUGCCAAGUUGAGCCAGAUCCUGUCAAAGCAGCGAUACCACCAACAACAGCUUCACACAGGCCCGCCACGCCAUGCAUCCACACAGUGGAAUAUACCUCCCAAGUCUCCCCCUCAAGGCGACAACUCUAAUGUGAGUGAGACUGGUUCACCGUCCCAGCAAAACCGACCAGUCCGUGCCUGGACAGUACACGCAGGUGACACAUCAGCUGGUUCCAAUCACAGUCACGGACAAGGUCAGAACCUGAAUGACCUCUCACUCCAGGAUGUCACAUCUGAAGACUAUGAUAAGAGAAGCUCAACCAGCAUGUUGGAAUCGGAGACUGCUUAUCUGCCUGUAGAUGGGAAGUCCCCUGUGACACCCGCACGCCCUAUGACUGCCCCACUGAGUGCCGUCAUCUCGAGCCCUAGCAACCAGCAAAUAUUUGAGAAUCUUCAACGCGGGGAUCACCGUCCAGCCACCGCUAUUGGCGAUAAUAAAUAUGAUGCUUAUGAUAAACGACCUAUGAAGCCAAUGAAUGCGGAAACAUUUAAGGGCCUGUUUAGGCCGGACUUUAAAGUGUCCCCUCCACAGAUGUCGGGUAAUGAGCCAAUGGUUGGAAUAAAGAAGCAGGUUCCCCCAACAGCCCAGGCUGUGGACUGUGACACAAGCCAAGAUGCCUCACAGAUGGAUGACAUGCCAAAGGAAAAUGUUGAAAACAUUCCAGUAGGAGAGUUAAGUUUGAUAAAAGAUGCUAUUGCAAGAAAAGCGCGGAAAUCCGCUUCAAGCAGGUCAAAAGCUGAUGAUCAAAGAACUAAAGUGGUAGAUAAGAAAAAGGAGAGGCAUGAUUCUGUGAACGCACACACAGGAAAUAAGACCUCCAUCCCUGUGGCCUCCAAGUCAACAGUGUCUCGCACACACUCGGAAUACGUCCCUGGUAAAUAUGGCACAGCCCGUCGUCCGGGCACGAGUGAGAGUGAACAUCGCACCAAGGGUAAAACCAUUAAGUCUAUCACCAUUGACCGGACUAACAAGAGUGAUUCUAAGCGUGAGCACGAUAGUUUCAGGGACUCUGGCAUAUAUUCCCGACCCAACAGUGAUGCUAUACUGGCUGAAGAUAUGAAAUAUGCGUCUGCAGCAGUGAGGAUCCAGAGUUUCUGGCGUGGCUACUACACACGGGAACACAACGUGGACUGUGUGCGUGUACGCCGAGAAAUACGUGCAAGACGAGCAGAGGAACACAUUGUUGUGCUCAGGGCUGAACUCGACAAACAGCGGAGGUUAUAUGAACAGGAGCGACAGUUGAGGACUCUCCAGUUGGAGGCAAUUAGGCAACUUUGGCGAGAGGUGCAGUCUCUCCAAAACUGGAAGACAGAGGUUCUCCAAUCACAGACUUUCGUCACCCAGGAGAUGAAACGAGAACACGAGUAUAACUCGUACAACUCAAGCCUGGAGAUUCAGAACACCCUUGCACGCGCUGAGAUGCUCCACAAGAUGGGCAGCGACACUAUGGCGACACAGCAGAGUGUAACCAUGGAAACAGGGAAACAGCUGGAGCUGGAGAAGACAUGUGCCAGUCUUCAGUCACAGGUGAGCCAACUACAGGAGGCCCUGAAGUCUGUGUCCAGUAUCGUGCUGCAGGGCGGGGGAUCCACCCAGGGGUCUCUAGCAGGCUCCCUCCCCGCCACACCCCGCGUCAACUCAAGCCUCAACACUAUCAACAACACCAACAAAGAUGAGCAGGAGGAAGUCCUGGUGACGGGAGACUUUUCAGAUUUAGAAAUAUCAGAGUAUGAGUCCCUCACGGGCUCCCACUGGGGUGCGGUACCGCACUCCUUGUCCCCAUACCCGUCCGAGGAGGAGGACACAUACUUUCGUACUGUGCCCCAGCCUGGCUUCCCAACCCCUCCUCGCGGCCUGAGGCUGGAGAACCGGGGGCUUGCCGCCCUAGUGCUGCGCUGGCAGGCCAGUAAGAUCCUGGGUGGGGAUGGACGUGAGCUUAACAAGCCUGUUAUUGGUUACCGUGUGUUUGUAAAUGACAAGGCAAAGGCCAUGAUAGCUGGGACGAAGCAGAAAGCCCUGAUUGAAGGGCUCGACCCAACACUCACAUACAAAAUAUAUGUGAAAGCAGUGUCUGACCUUGGUGAGUCCAACAGUUCAGAUGUUGUCAUGGCAGCCCUGUCGAAAGGUUCACGCAGGCGGUCAUCUAGCAGUGACAGUAACCGCUCCUAUGACAGUGAUCGCGAGUCAACGAGCAGUGAACGCCCAAAACAGCCACACAGGAAGGAUUCACGGAGGAAUCGCAAGUCUAAAUCUCCACGAUCAGGAAAACAUGAUAAACAUGAAAGGAGUGGACACUCACCGAAGGAGACUGAGCGACCACCUUCAAAAAUGGAGUUAGAAGCAGAGGGCAUUAUGACACAGCCCAGGCUGCACAAACAUAAACGUACCUCGAGCAAGGAUUACCAGAGCAGACAGGCUGAUGACAGCCUGCGGCCCCAGGAGACCCCACAAAGCCCUGUAAUGAGGUCGCCCAAAUCCCACACACAGGAGUCACAAGGCUUCAGUUAUGACGGGGUGAACAAGAGUGGACAGGCUAAGGAGACAAACCAGAGUCUGUCCUCGACAUUUACUAUUGACAGCCAAAACUCAGUGUUGUUUUCCCUCAGCACAGGGGGGAAAUCUAUUGACAUUGAUAAUAGUGUUGAACAAAAGGAACAACAUGUUAAGGGUCAUAGAAGACGACGUAGUCGAGAUAUGAAAUCAGAGAGGAGUGAGGGUAGAGGGGAUAUCUCUGACAGUUCCUCGUCAGUUUCUAGUGCAAUUAUUCAUACCAGGACAAUCGAUGGUGAAAAGUACCUCAGUGGUACAGAGAGUCCCUCUGUGCGACGGAGGCGCUCAAAGGACAACUCUCGUGAGGAUAGUGACACAGGAGGUUUGACGCGCAGUGACAGUAAACGUAAUAGUGCAAAAAUCAGCCCCACUGCUGGCAGUCAGGGUGUUCCUGUGAUUGAUGGCAGAAAAAGGCAUGGUUCAGGAAGUAGACCAUCAAGUCCUGCGCUCAGUGAUAACCUUGACCCUAAAUCCUCUGGGGCACAGGGGGAUAGGCGGAGGUUGCCAAUGGGUGAGAUCUUGGAGCAGAGAUUCUCGGGGCAGAGACAGAGUGCAGGAAGUAAUGCGUCUUCCACGGCAACUCUAACACAGAGUCAGGUGGAUAGCAGCACCAGUGACUUGCCACCACCGAUUCCCAAACGGGACGGGAAAUACUCAAGCCUUGAGAACCUAUCCACACGUUCAUCUCAUGACCACAACAGAAGCCCUACAGAGAGAUACUCUCCCACCAGCUCUGAACGACGACGCAGUAGAAACAACUCAACAUGUUCAGAGAGCGAUAUCCCAGCAAAUUCGAGUGCAGCUAGAGCCAUUGACAUGGACGCUAAAAAUGCAAAUCCCAACCCAAGCAACACUGGGAUAGUUGCAAAACUGUUGCAAAAACUUCAAAACUUUUCAAAAACACAGGAGGACUCGUUAAGAACAACCAAAAUAAAGCGCAACUCCUGUGACCGUGAGGAGCCGGGACGGAAGGCAAGCGGUGACAGUGAGAGUGGGGAUGUGGUUGCGGUGGCAACAGGGAAUAACGACAGUUCUGGGGCACACAGUGAUGACAGCCAGCAGGUCCAUAGACCACCUCACCGCACUCAUAGAAGGACUGCAUCUGAUCACCGAGGAGUUCCUGUGAAGUCAAGUGCGGAGCAGCCCCCAUCCCCUGGCCUCCGUGCGGACCACUCCCCCGUGAUUCGCGACUCCAGCAAGACCCCAACACCCUCCAGUACCCCAUCCACCACCAACAACAUUAAACGUCACGCAUCCUUCCACGGCAUCUUGCCAUCAAAGAAAGAGGACAUUGCCCGCAGUGGUUCCACUGAAAACUUAGCAGAGAAAGUACCAUCAUCUACCAAGCAGCAAAACAUUGACAUCACAGUGCCAACAACGCCGACAAGACGCCACCGCACACGGUCUCGUUCCCGGAGCCCUGCCAACCACUCACAUGUCCCUAUCAUAUCGGCCGCCCAGUUACAGCGACCAAACAGACUACCUUCCUCAGCCACGUGACCUUGUGCGCUCUUCCUGCGGUUGGAACACUCUUACAUGGCUGCCAUUUGACAAUGCAACAUGUUUUCACUAGCUGUUUAUCAAGUGUUUGAGCAUGGAUAUUGGGGCUUUAAUGCAGCUUUUAUACACAGUUUGAAAUACAGCUUUUUUAGAACUCUCUCAAUGACUUCAGAAAAACACAUAAUAUUUUUUUAUAAUCCUGUUGUCGUUGCAGAUUAUUGAACAAAAAUAUGUACAUUUCAUUACUUGGCAUAUUUACCUGUGAACAAUGGGGGUUGGGAUAUUUGGGCGUUUUCACUGGAAUUGCAUUUAUAUCUCAAAUGCUUUUAGGCAUUUACAUGUUGUGUUCAUUAUUUUUUUUAUAUUAUUAGAUUAACUGUAGUUCAUAAUGGGUUAUUUGUUCUUGUUCUCAAGUGUACAUGUUGUAAUUGCGUCUUGUUUUUGGAUAGGACGUUGGUUGUAUAGUUGUAUUUCACAAGAUUAGUUAUGUUGUUAAAUGUUUAGGGAUCAAUCCAUAUUCAGCUGAUGUGAUACACUUUCCUGUGAUAUCUAUGUUAUUUAAUGUAGCAACAAAUCACACACUCUCGGAGACAUAUCUGCAAAUCACUCGUGUCAAUAUUUUGAACAUGGGGAAUUAUUCCUGCAGAGCCAUUAAAACACCUCUCAACUGCUGGCUUUUACAAGAAAAAAUGUGUCAAAGCGUAAGUGGAAGUGUUAACAUAUAAAUGGGCUGUUUCUUCAGUACUUAGUUAGAGUUAACAACAUUGUUGAUGUCAUUGUUGUUAUCUUUAUAAUCUAUAUUGCUCUGGAAGUUUCACGGAUACGCAUAUAAUUCACAGUAUUCCUAACUAGAGUUGGGACAACUGUUUGAGCUAUACUUAUUCUACAUGUAUUAAAGGGACUGUGUCACAGAUUGGCACCAAAAAAAGUUUUUUUCUGUAACGAAUCUCAGGACAAUUAUCUAAUAGAAUGUGUUACGCUUUGAUAUCAUAAUUGUAAAAAAAAAGUACCAAAAUGUAAAAAAAAAUUGUGUCGGAAACCGGGUCUGAACCCGCGUCGCCAAAAUUGAAGCCCAGCAUCUUACUAACUGAGCUACUAAGGCUUAUUCUAAUCGGUCGACAUAAUUAAGCUAUACACCUACCUCGGUAAUAUCACGCAUAAGGAAUGAAUUCUACCUGGUACACAUACCCAGUAAUCUUUUUUAAUGGAAAAAUAUGAAAUAACUGCUAAACUGAAAUAAAUUGUAAACUAUGUGGUACUUGGGUUAGUAAGUUUCAAUGCAUUGUACACAUCAAUGCCAAGUUUAUGUCAGUUUUUGACAAUUUUCUUUUUUUCUGCUAUUUUAUCAUACGUGAGACAGCCCCUUUAAAAUAUAUGACACACCAUAAAAUAUUUCAUUGUUAAAAGUUAUCAACCAUUUGUUUAUCAUAUUGUUAAGUUAACAAAGUUCUGAACAAAAUAAGGCCAGUGUGUUUAAGCUUUUUAAGUGGAACUAAAUUUAAUGUUCAACAGUGUUAUCUUUAUGAUAUUGUUUAAUGAACAAAUUAACAUGUAAGUCCUCUCCUCUCUGUGCUUAAAAUUUAUUUGAUUAAAUAUGUCUUUAGCCUGUUGUUAAUGGCUCUUUAUCUGUUCUUGUUUCUUUCUGUUAGGCAUAUAUUGUGCAUAUAUAUGUAGAUGUUACUGGAGGUAGAUACAUUGAAUAUUUUAUCAUUUGCCAUUGAUGAAACUUGCAUAAAAAAUAAACAAUAUUCCUUACAA